UUUAGUUUAUGCGUGCACUCGACGCUGUCAUUACUUUGAGCACUCGUAGGCGUAUACGCGUAUGUGCGUGGAGCCGCAUCGGUUUGUUGCGUUUGUGCGUUACUCGUUACACAAAUCACUUCCUGAAGGCGCUCUCGCCGCGCUGUUCAUCUCCUACUCAGCUAAGUCAAAUACCGAACAACGUCCGAGAAGCGUCUGUCCGAAGUUUGCGCACAAGGCGCAGAGCGCGCGCACUGCAAAAGUUGCGCGCCAGCGAAACAAAGUUUUGAAAAAGUUUGCGCUCCGCCGCCGCGACGUGCGCGCCGCGUUUUGUUGUUGGUUGUUCUUCUUCGCGCGUCCGUGAUGGUGAUGGUGUGUGCGCACGCGUCGAGAGUCAACAAAUACGGAUCCACCGGCUGCGGGUGCUCCGGCGAGUCCGGUCCGGCGGGACUUUUCUUUUGAUCCUGUUUUCUGUGUCAUUUUUCACAUCGCCGCCGGGGAACAUUAUCUCUCCAUCUGCGCCAAACUCUAAUCAAACAGUGCGCCAAACUAAACUUAAUUAACCACAGUGCUUAAAUCACCAAGGAUAUAAAUUAUGUGUGCCCCAAAAUAUUGAAAUUUAAGUACAAAAAUCAUCAGCGCUGUGCCAUGAAAGAUGAUCAGAAUUGUACUGGUCGCAAGUGUUCUUCUUGUUUAUUUAAAUCUACGUGUCCUGGCUAAACUCUCCAGCUAUAGUUCGACAUAUAGCCAACAAAUGGCGAUUCUGCAAUCUACCCUACCAAUGCCACCGAAGGACUCAACCAUAUGUCGAACAAUUCCAGGCUUGACAAAAAAUCAGAUUUUACUGUGCAAUCGUCAACCGGACGUGACGAUGGUAGCGCUGCAGGGGUUGCAGGAUGCUCUCAGCGAGUGUGAGCAUCAGUUUCAAGGCAACCGCUGGAACUGCUCUAGUCUCGCACACAAACAAAACAUCUAUGCCAGUUCGCUACUGCAGAAAGGUUAUAGAGAAACGGCGUUUACGUACGCACUGUCUGCGGCCGGCGCAACAAUUGCGGUAGCGCGCGCUUGCAGCCAAGGAAGACUAAUUAACUGCGCUUGUGAUCAUCGCAACUAUCGGAUGAAGAUCUCAUCGGAGGCGCCAUGGAAAUGGGGCGGUUGUUCGCACAAUCUUCAAUUUGGUAUUAAAUUUACUAAAGCAUUGUUGGACAAUCGUGACAAUGCGUCAGAUCUUCAAUCGAGGGUGAAUUCGCAUAACAAUCAAGUUGGAAGAGUGGCGGUUGCAAAUAAUAUGCAAGUCCAAUGCAAAUGCCACGGAAUGUCCGGUAGUUGCCAACUGAAAACCUGCUGGCGCUCAACCCCAGAUAUUCGAAUGGUGGGGAAAGUUCUAAAGGAACGUUUUAGGACUGCGGUUCUCGUCGAUCAAAACAAUACUGGAGAUGAUAAAGCGGAAACAUUUAAAGUAAUAAAAACGUCUCGCAAGAAACGUGUAAAAAUGCGCAACAAAAAGGAAUGGAUUGUCCGCAAUGGUAAUCAGCACAUCAGUAAAGAAAAGAACAAACGCUCAUUAUCCUUCGACUUGUUGUAUUACCAAAAAUCGCCAAAUUUCUGCGAUUUUGAUGCCAGUUUAGAAGUACCCGGCACAUCUGGCCGAGAGUGUAUUCGUAAUUCAACAGGGCAGGACAAUUGCUCCUCGCUGUGCUGUGGCCGAGGAUACAAUUACGUCCGACAGCGUCGCACUGAGCGCUGCAAUUGCAAAUUUAUCUGGUGCUGCAAAGUCGAGUGCGACACCUGCGUCGUCGAGGAGUGGAAAAGCAUUUGCAAUUGAAGCAACAAUUUGCAAUCCGUAAUAUAAUUUUAUCGAUAUUUGUCAUCAUUCGCAAACAUUCCACAUAAACUCAUAAAAUCAUUUAGUUCUUAUUGCAAGUUUAACAUAAUAUGCUGAUGUAAAUAGUGUACAUGUUCAUCAUAAUUAAGCUUUUAUUUAUUCGCACACAGCCUAGGUGUUUAAUAUCGUAGUCAUUUACGGCGAUUAUUUAUUAUUUGAGCAUGAGAAACGCGAGGUUUGCGAGUGAGUUUCAUGCGUGCACCGCCGUCGGCGUUAUGCAGCGUUAAAUUUGUAAUAAUGCAAGAUGCGCACGUCCGCGCGGGGAAAAAAACGAAACAACGACAUAACUUCGCGCCGGUGCGCGAUUUGAAUUGUGCACGUACGAAGCGGUGUGCGUACAUUACGAAUACGGAAACGCAGCCAACAGACAAAAACGUGUACGACUCGCCGGGCCGGCAUCAAUAUUAAGGAUUGAUACGGCGGUGAGAGCGCGUCCGAGUCGACGCAGGCAAUAAAAAGAUAAUUUGUUGUUUGACAUUGCCGAUGAAACUGUGAAACUAUACGUACUUACAAUGAUGGAAAGGCGCAUUCCUCGCGAACGCAAACGUAAUAGCGCCCGAAUGCGGGACACACCAUUUUAUUAUAUUUAUUUAUUUAUAUUUUAUUUCCAUUCAUCCCGGCGCGACGACAAGACGAUGGCUUUUUAUGCGCACAUGAAAUAUUUAGAUUGAGAUACGCCGAUGACGCCAAACGCCUAAUGCGCACUUUACUGCUUUCAUAUCAUAUUCGAUAGAACCAUUUUUGGGUUGUAAAUAAUUUUAUACGACGUUUAAUUUAUAUUUACACUUAUAUUUUGAUGAAUGUAGUAGUAGUAGUAGUACCUAUCUACGUCCAAGGUUUGAUUCGUGUACAUCUUUGUUAGAGGUAAAUUAUGAGAAAUUCGAACUGUUAUAUUUUUGCUACAUACAGGGUGCCACAUGUACUUAAUUAUUUAUUUUUAGACCUUUUCUGAAUCAUUAUAACGAUUUGUAAAAGUAUUAUAGUGUAGUUGAGUAGGAAAUAAGGUGUGUUUAAUUUGAUCUGUGUACAAAUAUGAAUAUACAAACCCAUUUUGUUUUUAUAUAAAAUACAUUAACUCCGAGAAUUUAUAAAUUUAA